AUGGCCGUCCAAGCCUUGAUAUCUUGUCAAGCUUCGUUUCUGACACACCAUCUGCGCCUGCGAGGACAGCACGGAGUCGUCGCGGGAGGGCCCAGGCUGCUGAGGAUGUCGGGAGGAAAGCAGAUGCGCGGGAAGUCGAGCGGGCCAAAGGUGCUGGAUGAGUACCAUCACGAGUUUCAGUCGAAGCACGAGGAGGAGAAGUCGAUGGUCAGAGUCUCGGCGGUGCUGGAGGGAGACCAAGUCAAGUGCUCCAUCGAGUGCAAGUGCAGAGGGGAGAUGGUGCUUCACUGGGCCUUCUCCGAGAGCUCCAAGGGAUGGUAUGCCGUGCCCGACGAGUGUCUGCCGGCUGGAUCGAGGAGGAUCGACGAAAAGGCGUCACAGACGACGUUUGUGAACGGGAGGAUAGAGAUCGUGAUGAAGAAGCAGGACAUGCCUGAGGCGAUCUCCUUCGUCCUCAAGAAGAGCUCUCCCGAGGAAUGGAUCAGCGGGCCCGGCGGAGACUUCAAGAUCGCACUGAAGAGCCCCGACUCAAGCUCGAUCGGGCAGCUGAUCAUGGAAAGGGAAGCCAAGGCCUCUCACUGGAGUAUCCUCGAUCGCAUGCGGCUGGUCAAUCAGAACGUGAAGGCUGUGGCUGAGAGCGAGGAAGGACUGAGCUGGUUGUACACCCUUUUACGAUUCAACCAGAUGAAACUUGUCCCUUUGACCCGCAACUCCAACUAUCAGUCCAAGGACCUGGCCCACACUCAGGACGGCGUCUCUCUUGCCUUUGCCUCUCUCUAUGCCAAACAGCCCGACGCGAGGCUGUGGGCGAGGAUGUGCGUCGCGCUGGUGCCGAGAGGAGGAGGAAACGGAGACGCGAUCCGACUGGAAAUCCUCGACAUCAUGAGGAGGCACGGGAUCAAGGAGGGCCAUCGACCCGGGAUUGAGGACAGGUUCUUGGAGGAGUGGCACCAGAAGCUUCACACUAACUGCGCUCCUGACGACAUUAUCAUCGCUGAAGCCUACAUCCGCUUCCUCGAGACCGGCAACCCCGACGACUACUGGAGCCACCUCAAGGGCAACGGCCUCUCCUGGGAGUACAUGUCUUCCAUCGGAGGUGGGAAAGGGUCCGCAAACUCCGGGCUCAAGGGCCUCACAGCUACUCCCCUGCACCUUCCCCAGCUGUGCAACGACAUCAAGCACCUCCGAUGGACGUUGAUGCAGGUGCACGGAGGAGCAGACCUUGACUUCAUGAUCCACAAGGCGAGUGGAGGGCUGGACGGGGAGCUGAACGGGAUCUUGCGGGAGAUCCAGAGCAACAGGCACGAGUGGUGGGUGCCGGGAAAGAUCCUCGAGGCGAGGAGGAGGCUGAAGCAUCUGCUGAGCAACGGGGAGGGGCACAGAGAUGGGCUCAUGCUGGACGUGUCGCUGGACCAGUGGUUCAAGGUCCAGCUGGAGAAGACGCAGUUUGGACACCUGGAGAAGAACAACCUGCUAGACGUGACUUCGGUGGCUCUAGAGAACUGCGCGCUGUCUCUUGGGCAGGAGCUGGAGUUCUGCCAUUCUCAGCUGUGCAAGGUGAAGGAGAUGGGAAACAGGUGGAGCAAGGAGUGGGGGCUGGUGGCGAAGGCGACGGUGGAGAGGAUCAGCCUUGCGCUGCAGGAAGUGUCUGGUAGGAUCUACUCGUGUGUGCAGCCCAAGGCAGAGCAGCUGGGGAAGGCGAUGGGGACGGAGGAGGCGUACCUGACCAACUUCGGGGAGGAAGUGAUCCGAGGCAGCUCUACUUUCAUUGUCUCUCAACUGCUCGCCUGCCUCGACCCCAUGAUCCGCGAGUGCGCCAACAUCGGGACGUGGGAGCCCAUGUCGAGCAUCGUGGAGGCGACGGGGAGCGUGCAGGUGCUGGAAAACCUUGUGGCGAUCCAGGGGAAGGAGUUCAAGGAGAAGCAAGUGGUGGUGGUGCGGGAGGUGAGGGGGAUAGAGGACAUCCCCAAGGGCGUCACGGCCAUCCUCACCCGCAGCAGCAUCGACGCUCUUUCUCACAUCGCCAUCCGAGCUCGCAACCAGCGCGUCCUCUUCGCCACCUGCCAUGACGAGCAGGCCUUCAGCGACCUCUGCCGUCGCCAGGGCCUGGUGGACGUGUCGGUGGACUCGAUGGGAAACAUCGUGGUGAAGGAGGGAGUGAAGAGCGACCAGAAGGUGCAGGAGGAGGCGACAGGCAGCAUCAAAGUUGUUUCCCCUGCCUCCCCUAAAGCCGAUGUGCUGGAGGAGGAAGAAUUCGACGAGCAGGUGGUCGGGUCAAAGUCCCUCAAUCUUCACAAGCUCAUCGCCCUCAAGCGCGAACUCCCCGCCUACGUCGAGUUCCCCUUCUCAGCUGCCAUCCCCUUCGGAGUCUUCGAGAAGAUCCUCGCCGCUGACGCGAACAAGCCAGUCCAGCAGAAGAUCCAGAAGCUGCAGGCCAGCCUGACCGGCGAGCCCCAGCACGACUUGGAGGUCCUGAAGGAGCUAAGAAACUCGUUCGAGGAGGUGGAGAUACCCGCGAGCCUCCUCAAGGAUCUGCAGGCACGGACCCUCAAGUCGCCUCUCUCCAACUUCCUGCAGGAGUACGAGGAGGAGAGCUGCGAGGCGAUCCGGAGGGUCUGGGCGAGCAAGUGGAGCGAUCGCGCAUACUUCUCCCGCAAGGCUCAUCGCAUCCCCGACUCCAACCUCUUCAUGGGCGUCCUCCUGCAGCCCGUCGCCGCCGCCUCCUACGCCUUCGUCCUCCACACCAAGAACCCCAUGAACGGGAAGGAGGAGGAGCUGGCCGGUGAGCUCGUGCUGGGGCUGGGCGAGGCUCUGGUGGGGAACCAUCCCGGUCGGGCUCUGAGCUUUCUGGUGGACAAGAAGAGCGGGAAGGUAACGGUAGGAAGGCUGCCUUCGAAGCGAGAGGGCUUCUUCCUCGAGGACAGCACCUUCAUCUUCCGCUCCGACUCCAACUGCGAGGACCUCGACAAGUACGCGGGAGCCGGGCUGUACGACAGCGUCAUGGCCAUCGAGCCCGAGAAGAAGGCGAUAGACUACAGCAACGACCGAGUGUUCUGGGACGGAAACUACCGCGAGGAGCUGCUAAAGAAGAUUGCUGAGGUGGGAAUCGCCAUAGAGCGCCAGCUGGGCAAGGAGCAGGACAUCGAGGGAGUCGUGAGCGAGGACAAGAUCGUCAUCGUCCAGAGCAGAAAUCAGGUGUAGAGGAGGAGGUAGAGUGAGAGAAGGGGAGGAGGAGGAGGAGAAGUAUGUGAUACGUGGGAGGAAGGGAAGGAACUUUUGAUAACAAACCUUCUUUGAGAUCC